CUGCUAUAGAGGGAAACAUCAGAGUGACAGAAGAGCUGCUUCCAGCAAGACUUACUCGGAGCACAAAUAAGAGACAAUUCAUUAUUCAAACUCAGUCAGGACAAAGGACUCAAAACAUCUUAAAAUAUGCCUUGUGACAAGUCCGUGGAUAUGUGUUGCCCUAUCGGACGCUUUGCCUCCAUUCAGGUGAAGUCAGAUGACUGCAGGAAUGUGGCAUGUUAUAUGCCGGUUUGCAAUAACCCAUGCAAUAACAUCUCACCAUGCCAUAGUUGCGACUACAAGAAUAUGGCAUGCUGCGUGCAUGCUUACAUUAACCCUUGUAACAAUGUUCUACCAUGCCUUCAUUAUGAGAAUGAUUGCAGGAAAGUUGCAUGCACCAUGCCAGUUUGCGAUGACCCUUGCAACGUCAUCUCACCAUGCUUUGAUUGUGAGGAAGAUUGUGGGAAAGUUACAAGAUUCGUAUCGGUUAGUGAUAACUCUUGCACUAACCCUUGCAAUGAUGCCACACCAUGUCUUGACAAAAAGGAUGUUAACAUCCAUGAUAUUAUAGAUGAUUACAAAAGCAUGCGACCAUGUGGACGCAAGACGAUCGGGCGAUUUCCAGUGAUUGAUAUGGAUCCUGAAGAUAUGAAAGGGGCGUACCAUGGGCCAGUUUGUGAGCCCAGCUCUUUCAACUACCUGACAUCAUGCCAUGAUGAUGACAUCAAGAAUGUUGUCAUCAACAACAUAACAGGUGAUUGUAAAGGCAUGCAACCAAGUAGAAACAAGGUGAUUGGACGCUUUCCAGUGGUUAACCUGGAUCCUGAAGAGGUGUGCUAUGAGCCAGUUCGUGAUCACUGCCGAUACAACUGA